CUGGGUUUUCUACUUUGCAGUUCUGAAUUGGCAUUAGCUCGAGGUAUAUCAGUAUCUCCAAAAUGCGACCUAGAUUCCGAUUACUCAGACUUAGGUCAAUGUUUAAGACCAUGGUUAGAUGCUUGGGAGGUUGCUCGAGUGACGGAUACAGAUGCGUCCAACAUCCUGUUUCCGAUGCUGUUAUUCUCAGACAACUCAGUAAAAUUACUUUGUAAUAUAUACAAAAAAAUUGAGGAAAAUUGUUUUGAUUCACAAGUUACCAGGCGAUGUCACAGCAAUAAGAUGAUCUUUUUUGUACACACACAAAUGGAUUACUUCUGUGACUUUCAAACUUCUGAACCGAACCAGGAUUUGAUAUGUAUCAGAAAGACUCUAUUGGCUAAUGAAAACUGUUUGUGGAACAUUAAAGGUUUGCCAAAUUCGACCACAGAACAGGAGAUAUGUGAAUCCAUACAGCAAUUUUCCAUCUGUAUCAGACCUGAACUUGAAAAUAUUUGUGGCAAAACUAGCGUAAAGGUUAUCGACCGAUUAACCUCCUUGACCAGGAGGAAUGAUAAAAGUGCAGAAGAUGACUAUGUUAAUCUACCGGAUUCAGCUGAGAAUCUAAUACAAGCUGGUUCAAAAACUUUUGUACCAAAAAAUUCAAUAGUUCGUUUGGAUUUAAACGACAACAAAAUUUUAAGUAACAAAUGGGAUGAUAUUUAUGAUAAAUGCUCAACCGGUAUACCAAUUCCAAUGUUUUACUGUCAUGAAACUGAACUGCUAAAUUUGUGUGAAGAAUAUAGAAUUGCGCUGGAAGAUUGUCUUCCGGCAGACUAUCUAAACUCAUAUAAAGGCAGUCCGGUGGUGGAAUUCAUGGAUCAACAACUUGGUGUACUAUGUGCCAAUACACAGGAUGAUCAUCUUUCGAACAGUUAUUCAUGUCUACGACAAAUUGUUUCAUCAAAAAUUAACUGUUUCCAUAAUGUGCAAAUUUCACAAGACAAUCGAAUGAAUAUAUGCGAUAAAAUCACUGAGUAUUAUAACUGCCUUGAGCCGGAUUUGAAUACACAAUGUGAAACAGAUUCUCUUAAUUGCUUUGAUAAUUUGAAGAUGAAACUUGACACAACUCUAAAUUUAUAUACUCACCCAGGUAAACAAUCAAAUAUAUUGACCAAUAAUGCAACAUCAGAGAAUUUCACUAUUACGGAGUCAAAUGAAAUGCAAAUGGUACACGAUCAAGCCAACAUGAAUGUUAUCAACGAUGAAAAGAUUAACAAAAAAGUGCUACAAAUUGGUCUCAGUGAUGAAAACGAAGAAGAUUGGUCAGGACAAGAGGAAAAAUCUGAUGAUUCCAGUAUGAUGACAGAUAUUGCAGACAGUGUUGAAGAAAUGCAAAAUACAGUUUUACAGCCUACGCAUACUGUACCACUAGAAGUUGCUGAAAGUUCUACCAAAAGUCCGACAAUUGAAUCGUCAAAAGAUGAUAAUGAAGCGCCAGUAAAAAAAAUACCAGGUGUUUCUGAGCCGUUAACAGUUUCUGCUGCAGGUACCGUACUGUUAAAUUUGUCGGCAGUAAUCAACAGUACUGAUAUAUUACCGACAGAAACCCUAAAAUUCAGUAAAGACCUGUGGGGAUUUCCGGAAACAGCCGUUCGAGAUGAAAACCAUAAAUUUGGUGCAGCCAUUGAGGCUCUGCAAGCCAACAUCGAAGAUUCGUCUGUAAGAUCAAACAUCGACUAUAUGAGCAAUAGAGAAGUUGGUAAUAACGUAGAAAUAAAAAGAAGAGAAGAAAUGUUGAACAGCAUUAUAAAAUCGUUGCAUAGAACUCGACAAGAAUGGAUAACAUUAGAAGGUGGUGUACUGACUGAAUGUAACGAAAAUUCAACGAUAGAAAUUGAACACUGUAUGAUUCCGCUGUUGAAACGAUGGUACAAAAUUAGAAAUGAAAAAAUGGACAUAAAACAGUCUUUCUUUCCACUGUUUCAAUAUACAAAAAGUGAUACAUUGGAGCUUUGCGACGAUUAUAUGAACGUCUUCCUGUGCGAUGGUUUUCAAAGAAACAAAAGAUGUAGAAGCGAUUUACUGGACUAUUUUGCUGAACGUCACUUUGGUUACGUCUGUAAUCCACAAAAUUUACGAAUUUUUUUGAAACAUCAUAACUGUAUUUCAAAGCUUGAAGACAAUGCACCAGAAUACUGCCAACAAUUCAUCAUGACACCUCAUCAACUAACAGAUCAGGCACUCAUUUUGUACGAGAAAUGUGUUCGAAUACAAUUAUACUACAAAUGCUUAGAAGUAAAAAUGGAUGAACACUGUGAACCAGAAGCAGCCGAAAUAUUUCGAGCAUCAGCGUAUCAUUAUGGUUGUAAAUGUUGUGUUUGCACAUUGAAAGCAAUACAGAAACCACUAAGAUAUCGGGUAGUUAAAAAUUUCUGAAA